ACAUGGACAUUUUAAUAGAUUUUUUUAGCUCUGAACUCAAAAAAGCACACAGAGAACACACCUGGUUUGGUUGCAUCAACUAAUCACAGAGAACACAUCUGGUUUGGUUGAAUCAACAAAUCACAGAGAACACACCUGGUUUGGUUGCAUCAACUCAUCACAUAGAACACCUGGUUUGGUUGAAUCAACAAAUCACAGAGAACACACCUGGUUUGGUUGCAUCAUCAACUCAUCACAGAGAACACACCUGGUUUGGUUGCAUCAACAAAUCAAAGAGAACACACCUGGUUUGGUUGCAUCAUCAACUCAUCACCUGUAAACAACUCCCUAUAUACAACAGUUCAACAUAGGGAGCACUGAUAGGUCUCUUCUUCUUCUGUGUUUUUUGAGGGUGCAGUCGGUGCUGUAGGAUCCAGUGUGAUUGGUGGAGACACAGCCCUGGAGCUGUUAGCAUAAUGAGCAGCUGUGUGGCCCUACUUCAUCACACACACACACACACAGGCAUGCAGACACACACACAAACACAGGCAUACAGACACACACACAAACACAGGCAUGCAGACACACACAUACACACACACACACAGAGGAAAUGUAGUCUCUGAAACAAUUAAAGUAGUUGACGACGUUCCACGUCUCAAAGUCCUGAAAACUUGAAAUCGUAUAUCUGGUUUAAAUACGUCUUCAUCAUCUAUUUGUCAAACGUGAUCCGUUACACAUCCAGUUUACAUAAUUUACGUCUUAAUGAAUCAUCAAGCUAUUAAUAGCUGUUCAUUAGGCUUCUGGAAUCACGGCACGACCAAAACCCCGGACGCUGAACCCGAAGCUAGCCGAGCAGAACUGGAAUUGAGAGGUCUUGGAGAUGAGAUCAGACAUACCAGCGCAGCUCAGAUCAGCUUUGCUCUGGCGUGUUUUCAUGGAAACGGUCACGCGAGACUCGAACCGAACAGCCAUGGCAGAGCUAACUCAUAUAAUAGACAGCGAGGUGUUCCUGGCCUUCUCUACCUACGCCACUAUCGUCGUCCUCAAGAUGAUGCUGAUGUCUCCUAUGACUGCAUACUUCCGAUUCACGAGAAAGUGUUUUGCCAACAUGGAAGACACAGGGAUGGCUAAGACUCCAGAGGACAAGAAGAGGAUGCUGAGAGUUGACCCGGAUGUGGAACGUGUGAGAAGAUGCCACCAGAACGACCUGGAGAACAUCAUCCCGUUCGUAGUGAUUGGUCUGCUGUAUACCCUGACGGGGCCCGACCUCUCCACUGCUCUGCUCCACUUCCGGGUGUUUGUUGGUUCCAGGCUCUUCCACACGGUGGCCUACGUCCUCCCCCUGCCCCAACCCAGCAGAGGUCUAGCUUGGAUGGUUGGCAUGGGCGCUACCUUCUCCAUGGCAUACAGAGUGCUAAGCUCAAUGCAUCUCUGAAGAGGCGAUCAAUCAAUUAAUAAUUAAUCAGAUUGAUUGAUUCAAAGUUUUCAGAUGGCCUAAAAUAGUCCUCGGGACACUCUACCUCUGAGGAGACACCCACACAUUUAUUAGACCUGGGUCAAAUAGGCUACAUAAUGUUAAAUACAUUUGACAGUGCUUGAUUGUACUUGGAGUUUGCACUUCUGGGACUAUUCUAUUUGUUCUGUUGUAUCAGGCAGACUAACUAUAUAUUCUCUGCACGUUUUGUUUUUAACUCAGCACUGAAUUUGAUCUGUGCAAAAAAAAAAAGGAUUAAUAUCAGCAAAAAAAUAAUUAAACUAAACAGUAGGGCUCGAUUCAAUCUAUUUCACGGAAGGUCAAUGCUAGAGCGCGGUAGACAUUGAACGGCAACGUUCUCGCGGAAACUCCAUUCAAGGUAAACUCUGCAUACAUUCGGAAACUACAUUUCACAUUUCAAGUGCGCUAGAGCGCUGACCUUAGGCGAUACGGAUUCAAUGGAGCCCUAAACUAAAAUCAAGUGUAGUUCAGUAUCCGAUACCGCAUGUAUAAUCUGCCUAUUUUUACCCACAUCAAAUCACCAGUUUAUUGGUCGCGUACACAGAUUUGCAGAUGUUAUCGCAUGUGCUGUAAAAUGAUAGUGUUUCUAGGUCCAAUAGUGCAGUCAUACCGAGCAAUGCAUUAAAAUGAAUAAAACAUACACACAUGACCCGGUCUGUCUGGUUGUCUGACUGACUGCAAACACCUAUUUUAUAUCUUAGACAUUUUUUGCAUCUGAUGUGAUAAUCUAAUGUUUAUAAAUGAUUAAAUUCGGGUUUUGGGAAUUAGAGUUUAAUUAAAAAUGGGCGGGGGGGGGGAUUAUUGUUUGAGUUGAAUUGAAAUUGGGCCUAUGAAGUAGGCUACAAGUACCAGAGAUAUUUUGCUAAUUGGCUAAUGAAUAUGACCUUAUACUUGAUCUAAUUCUGUAUCUUUUAAAAUUCUGUGUAUGUUUUUAAAUCUACAUAUCAUCUGAUAUGUUUACUAGGCCACAUAUCUGUAAUGCUACUGAUUGGUUUGCUUUGUUCGUUCCAUUUUCUAAGCCAAUCAGGGAUUGGCCCUUUUUUUUAAUGCUUUCCACCUGGGAAUAAACGGACGAUCUCUAGAAUGA